AUGAGUUUCGGAUCUCUUCAAUUUCCUUCCGUAGUUCCUAAACCAACCAUUCAAACUAUCAUAGUUGAACCAGAUCUAGCAUUGGAUUUAGAAAUUGUGGAUUUGAUCAAUCAAAAAAAGCAAAAUUAUCCACGCGAUGCUGCUAUGCAUAUCGUGAAGCUUGUAAAUCAUCGAAAUCCAAAUGUUUCAAUGUUGGCCCUUAAGUUAUUGGAUAUCUGCGUAAAAAAUUGUGGUUAUCCCUUUCAUCUACAAAUCGCGACAAAAGAAUUUCUUAAUGAUCUUGUUCGAAAAUUCCCGGAAAGACCACCUAUCUUACUGAAUCCAAUACAGUUGAGGAUUUUGGAAUUCAUACAGGCAUGGAAGUCAACCAUAUGUGUUACUUCGCGUCAUAAAGAGGAUCUUGUUCAUAUCAAUGACAUGUAUCGUUUGCUGCUUUAUAAAGGUUAUUUAUUCCCUGAAAUAGAUAAUCGAUCCGCGGCAGUCCUCAAUCCAUCAGAGACAUUGAAGUCUUCAGAAGAACUUGAGCAAGAGGAUCGUGCUGCGCAAGCAGCGAAAUUACAAGAAUUAAUUCGUAGAGGUACUCCAUCAGAUUUAGAAGAAGCGAAUGAGCUUAUGAAAGUUAUGGCUGGAUACGUAAGUUUAAAUAUUGGCUAUAAAGAUAUCGAAGCUAAACCUGAUUAUAAGAAGCAAGCCAAUGAAGAAUUAGAUAAAAUUCAACAAAAAACGAUACUUUUGAAUGACAUGCUUGAUAAUGUUAAAUCUGGUGAAAAGAUAGGUGUUAGUGAUAUUUUUGAGGAGUUAUCUCAGGCUUGUAAAGCUGUACAGCCUAAAAUUCAGAAAAUUGUUUCAGAAGAUGAUGAUACGGAAAGCAUUGAUCGAUUGUUAACAUUAAAUGAUUUGAUUAAUUCGGUUCUGAAAAGAUAUGAGAAUGUAAAGAAUGGAAUAUUCGAACAGCUCGAGGAUCAACCACCGCCGAAAACACCACCAACUACGAAAGUAACUUCUUCGGAAUCAUGGCUAAUCGAUCUGGAAGAACCUGAUCAACCACGAGGUCAAAUUCAAAUUACUGAUGAUUUGCUUGGCCUAAGUGAUUCUAAUAAUAAGGAACCUUCUGGAAAAGGGAGUGCUAUUGAUGAUUUACUUGGAUUAUCUUUCAAUUAA